AUGGUAGAGGCUCCACCAGCUCCUUCUUCGGAUAGCCUUCAUAUCAUUGAACAACAAAUUGAAAACCAUGAAGACAUGCCUUCCAAUGCUUCGAUAGUACCAGCUUCAUCCGCUGAUCAAGGCUUUACUGAACUACGAAAUGAUGGAAACGACUCGGGAAAUACCUCUUCCCUGCCCUCGACGAACCAAGAUCUUUUACUUAAUUCUACAAUAAAAUAUGACUUGGAUGAAGACUACGAUGAGUUAUUCGAUUUAGAGAACCAAAACUCGGAUGACGACGACGACCUAGUUGAUGAGGAAGAAGCGUUGGCUCUGUAUGAAGCAGAACUAAGCUCGUCUCCCUCUAUUAAUGAAGAAGAAAUUGACAUCAACUAUGUUUAUGCUAUUCGCCGUUUUGACGCUACCGUGGAGGGGCAAGUUACUGCGGAAAAAGGCGAGAUGAUGAUACUUUUGGAUGAUUCCAAUAGUUAUUGGUGGCUUGUUAAAAUUUGUAACAACUCUACUAUUGGAUAUUUACCUGCGGAAUAUAUUGAAACACCUAGUGAGCGUUUAGCACGCUUGAACAAGUACAAGAAUUCCGAUACUUCAAGUUCUGGAAAUGCUCUUCCAGCUCCGUCCCUUGCUCCAUCUUUUAGCAAAAAUGACGAAUUAGUUCGAGUUCGCAUGAAGCGAGUUGCUUUUAAUUGUCCUAUAAACCCCGGUACUGAUCCUGAUAUGGAUGAUGCCUCAUUUUCAGAGAAUGACUACGAGGCCAUGGUAAAUCGUGCAGUAGCCGAAAAUGGACUGGAAAUUGAAUUUUCCACCAGUAACGAUACUUCCUCAGAUGAUGAAUCAAUUAAUCUAGACGAUGCUAUUGAUGAUGAUGAUGAUGAUGACGACAAGGAUGAUGAUAAUCGAACCAACACUUCUCUUACUGAACAACAACACGCUACCACUCGUUCCUCCACUUUGCCUACCGAUUCCGCGAACUUUAAUUCAAGUAGGGACUUUCAAAACGUAGUUUCCUCCGAUUCCAAGUAUCAUAACGAUGCUGACGAGAGCGAAACAAGACUUCAGGAAGACGGCGAGCAAUUGUAUCGUAACCAUGGUAUGAUUGCUCCGACUCCAAGAUUUUCUAGUAAAGCCCCAUCCCCCUUAAAACGAGCAUUGUCUACCGGUGCCUUAAAACUAAAUUCAUCUGCAUCUCCAGAUCCCGAUCGUCCUCUUUCAUGCCCCGCUCCAGCCUCAAGUGCUGAAACUCACUCACAGCGGUUGGAAGCUACUAAUUUGCGAGACCGUCUAUCUGAAAGCCCUGAUUCUUUUGCUAAUUUUGGGGCUGAGUCCACCGAUAAGAAGGAGCAGCCAAGUUCAAAUCAAAUGCACUCUAGCGAACCACGUAUACCCUCGUCAUUGAUUUCUGAGGGUAAACAGUUUAUACCUAAACCCAUCCGACAUUCUGUUUCUGUCGACUUGGCUAGAGGGAAAGAAACUGAGUUGCAACCUCAUAAUGUUUCUUCUUCGGCGCCCUCGUCUCCGACAUUUCAGGAUGCGGAAGGUAAUUCCAAUAUGAGUCAAAAAAGCCUUGUUGACGACCGAAAUCAACUUUAUAGAAGUUCAAAUGCCCCCCCAAUUACAAUAAAUGAUAGUCAUGCUGAAGAGUCACCGGAGAGGAUUACUUCGCCCUUCAGAGUUAAACGCAAAGCUUUACCAGAAGAAAAUUCUAGUCUGGCUGCCUUUAAUAACGAGGAUAAUAAUCAUGACGAAUCAAAAGAUUAUACUGCAUCUGGCGAGGAUUCUAUGUUUAGCUUGUAUCAAUCGUCUGUUGCCUCGGAAUCUGACAAAAAUGACCAGAGUCUUACUCCAGAUUUAGUUAGUGGAAGUGGUGAGCCUAGUACGCCAGGAUCUCAUGAUUUCGAUAUGUAUCAAGAUAAAGUUUUGAAUACAGAAUCUUCGGAGAGCCCUUCUUCCUACGUUUCUCCUCCUACAUCAAUUCCAGAAGAUGUCCUUACAAAACAAGAAUCCAUUCCAGCCGAAGUACCCACCCAAAAAUCAUUGUCUCACUGUCAUACCGAUUUUAAUCAGAGGCUUAAAAAUUUUAUAACCGAUCCGGAUUCUGUUAGCGAUUUAUAUUGGACCGUUAAGUCAGCUGGUGUACGAGCAUCUCCAAAAUCGUCAUACCCUAAUGAAGAUAAUGUUCGCUCACAGUUAGAAGAGUCGUAUGCUAAUAUUUUAAGGAACUUGUCUGACGAGUUGGCUUCGGGUAUGAAAUCCAGCGGCUAA